UCAAAUUAAUUUCAAGAGGAUGUCUGAAUGCGAGUAUAAAUAGAUAACUUCUUAAUAGUUAGCAUUAUAGUUCUAUUUUGUUGUUCUAUUUUGGAAAAAAAAAAAGGAAAAUGAAACUAUUGAUCACCUUUGCAUCUACCAUUUUGUUCGUCAACUGUCUCAACGAACCUGACCAUUGGUCCUACUUUAAAUACAAACACGCCAAAAAAUACAACGGUAUUCUAGAAGAGACAAUACGCCUGCAAAUAUUCCAAAACAAUUUAGAAACCAUCAACAUUCAUAAUGCCAGAUACGAAGCUGGUCUUGAAACGUACUGGAUGAAGGUGAACAAGUUUACUGAUAUGACUCCAAAGGAGUUCAGCGCGAUGUUGAAGCGUCAGCAAAAUGCUAGGCCUACAGUACGAAGAUCUCUGCAUGUACAGAAUGUUUCUGCUCCUGCUAGCAUUGAUUGGCGGGAGAAAAAUGCUGUGUUAAAUGUUAAGGAUCAAGGACAAUGUGGAUCAUGCUGGGCUUUCAGUGCUACUGGAGCUCUUGAAGGACAGAACGCUAUUUUGAACAACCAGAAAAUACCUCUGAGCGAACAACAAUUGUUGGACUGCUCUGGAAAAUAUGGAAACGGGGACUGUCAAGUUGGUGGAGAUAUGGUCGCUGCUUUUGAAUACGUCAUCGACAAUGGUAUCGUUGCUGAAACUAGUUAUCCUUAUACAGCUGAGCAAGGUUCCUGUAGCGUAUCAGGAAAAUCAGUGAUGGCAGUCAAGGGUUAUAAGCAAGUUGAAUCAAACGAAGAAGCCUUGAAGGAGGCUGUGGGCACUGUUGGUCCAAUCUCUGUUGCCAUCUACGCCGAACCUAUUCAAUUUUAUGGUGGAGGUAUAUUUACGAGCAACUAUUGCUACAAUAGUGCAGCCUAUUUGGAUCAUGGAGUACUAGCUGUAGGUUAUGGUGCUGACCCGGAACCAUAUUGGAUUAUUAAAAAUUCCUGGAGUAGUGAUUGGGGGGAAGCUGGGUACUUUAGAUUAUCUAGGAAUACAGGUCAAUGCGGUAUAGCUUUAGAUACUUCGUAUCCAGUGUUGUAAAUUUACUUAAUAUUUAAGUAUUACUUAUUCGAAUAAAAUAGUUUUUUCUUUUAAUUAGUUGGUGCGUUUUUUAUUGUUAUUAUGUUUAGCAUAAAUAAUGUUUUUUAAGACUGUUAUGUCAAAUAUCCAAUUAAAAUAAUUAUUUUUUGAUAAUAUGUAUUUAACAAAUUAAAAAUGUGGUGGGUUAAUUUUAGCCUAGUUAUAAAUAGGCACCCAAAAAAUAUACAACCGAUUUUCUUCGCUUCCCACUAACUUUAAUAAAAAUCCGUGUAUUUUGCAUACUGUAUCUAGGCCAGGUUAGGCUGUAAAGAAAGGAUACAUUGCCUUCCACUUCGAC